UCUAAUGACAAUGGUGUUUCCUCCUUGUAGACAUGCGUCGUGAUGUACAGGAAGUGUUCAAAGCCACACCCCACGAGAAGCAGGUCAUGAUGUUCAGCGCCACUCUGCCCAAGGAUAUUCGUCCAGUCUGCAAGAAAUUCAUGAAUCAACCCAUGGAGGUCUAUGUUGAUGAUGAGACCAAGCUCACUCUGCACGGACUGCAACAGCACUACGUGAAGCUGGCCGAUAAGGAGAAGAACAGGAAACUAUUUGACCUUUUGGACAAACUAGAGUUCAACCAGGCUGGCCAAGUACCAGGCCUUCAAGAGCUUCAGUAA